GGGGGAAAUAACUCUCUCUAUAUGAAGCGCCGUUAGAGGGAGUUGACUGCAACCAGCUAUCAAAAAUGGCGACUAGGAACGAAUUUCUUCCAGCUCAUCUCUUCAAAUUUGACCAUUUGGAGGGCUAUGUCCAGACACAUCUCAAGAAUGUGUACAGCUCUCUGGCCAUCGGCAUGAUCUCGGCUGCUGUCGGAGCCUACAUCCACCUGUUCACAGGCCUCAUGCAGGCUGGCCUGCUGACAACACUGGGCUCCAUUGGUCUGAUGCUGUGGCUGGCUUUCUCCAAGCAUGAAAAAGAGAGCCAACCCAAGAGGCUGGCCAUUUUCACAGGCUUCACAUUCUGCACUGGUAUGUCCCUGGGUCCCCUUCUUGACAUGGUCAUUUCACUGGACCCAAGCAUUAUACCAACUGCUCUGAUGGGAACGUUCGUGGUCUUCAUCAGUUUCACUCUGGCCUCUCUCUACAAUGCCCGGGACAGGACAUUCCUCUACAUGGGAGGAUUCCUAAUGUCGGCCCUGUCCUGGAUGUUGAUGCUUGGGUUUGCUAACAUCUUCUUUGGCUCCACCAUGCUGUAUGAGGUAAAUCUGUACUUUGGCCUGGCCAUCUUCUGUGCCUUCAUCCUGUACGACACACAACUCAUCAUUGAGAAGCGUCGCCGUGGAGACGAUGACUACAUCUGGCACAGUGUUGAUCUGUUCUUGGACUUCAUCCAGGUUUUCCGCAGGCUCCUUAUCAUCCUCUCCAAAAAGGAAGGAAACAAGAAGAAGGAGAGAAACUAGUUUCGGUGGCCGAAGAGAAAGAAGCACAUCUUACAUGUUUUAUGUGGAAGCUCUUGAAAGGACACGCCUAUUUGUUUUUUAUUCUUUUCUCUUUAGUAGUGUACAAUAUAGUUUUUUGACGAAAAUAUCAAAGGAAAAAUCAAUAUUUAUCAGAGAAAUAUUAUCAGGAACAGUAUUUGAAGGUACAUGUCAAAAGAUAACUCAUUUAUGUACACUGAAUAAGCCAGUUCCAACAGAAAUAUGCAUGAUGAUGAGUGAUUAGACUGAAAGUGUUUGAGACAAACCACCAUCAGAAGUGUGCCUUUGAAUUAUUUGUAGCAUUUACUCAGUAGCUUCUGGAUUCAUGUAAUCUUCAUUUGAUAAAGCAUUCCUUCAAAUACUGAAUGUACAUUUAACAACCACUCUUACAGUAGAUUUUGGCUUGUCCUUGUAUAUUGCACUGAUUGCAUUCGGAUUGAUUCACUGGACUCUGCUAUUAUUUUUUGUGAACCCACUAAGGCAACUCUUGUCCAGCCCACUUGUGUCUUUACAUCAUCUUGUCAAAGGGUAAUGGAGUUCUUCAUCCAUGUAAACGUUGUUGCAAUAAUUUAACCCCAUCUUCUUCAUGGAAAUCUGAAUGUUUUUAUCAACGUAAUUUCAUUUGGAAGCUGGAAAAUAACAAUGUGCACAGAUCAGUGAUCAGUAUUUGCUGUUAACGUUGUACACCUUAGGUAGUUUUUAUGUGAACACUCAGUGUAUGUCAAAGAAAUUAGUCCUACUCAAGUUACCUAUCUAUAAUUUGGUUAUAUAUUCGGGUGAUCCUGUAUGUUAUUAAACAAAUAUUUUCAUUCCACGCAGUUGUUCUUAAGUACUCAGUGUUAGUUCACCCUUCCUGCUUUUGAUGGCGUUAAUGACUGGGUUUUUUCCAAAUCUGUUAUUUCAAUUUUUACAUCUGUUUGCUGUAAUCUGCAUCAGAAUUGAAUUUUUUUAUGUUUUUUUAAAAGUUUUUUUGUAUCUAGAUGUGACAGCCUGUUGUGAUUAUUUUUGUGAUCCAAAUUUGUUGCUUACUAUAUAUGUAGAAAUUAUAUAUAUUGUAUUAUUGCAAUGUUAUUUACCAUGGUUACCUUCACUAAUGUGUUAUUGAGUUCUAGCACAAAAUGGUACAACAGCUUUGUUAGGGCUGCAGUGUUAGGAAAUAACUAACUCUUGUUAAGCAGACAUUUUUGGUUGCAUAAGUUUGGGGGGAUAUCUGAAGUAUCAUUCUCUAACAAAAGAUGACUGAAUUAUAAAUUCUUAUUGAAGCGAAUGGUUGCUAUUGUAUAUUAAAAUGUGAUCAGUUGGUACGUUUUUAUGUCAUAAUAGAGAGUAGUCAGCAUGCCUGAACUGUUCCAUUGUCCAACGUUUGUAACCCUGUGUUGUUACCCUCAUUGUAUGUGUGAAAUAUGAAUCAAUAAACUUUAUUCUAUCGUA